AUGCAGCCGGAGGGUUCCUUACCAGCAUCCUUGGCAGGUGCCCCUCCGCCUUCGAGUCCUAGAGGCGGUGGCCGGACGACCAACCUCGGGGUUUCGACGCCUUCGUCCAUGGCCCGCUUGCCAGAAGCGAGGAAAGCGGCUGGAGGUGAGCCUUCUAAGUGGGGGCUCAAGAAGGCAUCCAGCAUUCUUCUAGAGUUGGAGGCUGGGAAAAGGGAAGCGGAAGAAAGGAACGCUCUCAACUCGAAACUCUGCGAGCUUGGCACCGAAUUGAGCAAAGUCAGGCGAGUAAAUGACAUUCUGGAGGCUGAAAACGCAGAUCUUCGGGAACGUAUUUUGCACCAGCAGCAAGCGUACCCAGAGGCCGCGGAAAUCCGUGCCCUCGCUCGACGUUACGGACCCGACUUGGCCAAAAGCAUCAGCCUCUUGAUUGACGAGAACAAAUCCUUGCGGCUGAAGUUGCAGGCUUCUAUGCGCGCACAGGCCAGCCUACGGGGCACGGCCGCGAGCCUGGGCAAUGCACUCAGAGAACAUGAAGAACGUGCGUAUGCAAGGGAACUUGCAUCGGCGGGUCGCCCCUACAUUCAAAUACCAGCUUUCAGGGAGCCUGAUCUUAACGCGACCACCAACGCGCUGUCGAAAAGUUGUCAAGAUGUUUCUAGUGAUCAGCAGGGGCCACCAGCUGGUGGAAACUUUGUUAAGCGGUACUGCGCUUGCUCGGAGAAGCUGCAGGAGAUUCUGGAUUGCAUUGAUUCGCAAAUGGGGGACUAUGAGAGGGGAGUAUGGCAGACGCAUAUCAACGUACUGGAGGAGGAGAGAGACAGUCUGAUGCUGAAGACGAUCGUGAUGAGGCAACGAUUAGCAGAGGUCCAGGCAAGAAUUGUCUCUGAUCCGUUCCUCGCCGCACGUUUUGGAGGAGAUGUCAACGCCGAGUUGGAAAGGCGGCUGGCAACCGAACGAAACAUCUCCCGCAGUUGGCAGGCCAACCUUAGGGCUUUACAGCGAGAGCUCAGAGAUCAUCUGGCUGACCUGGCAGUUGCUUCCCGGGCUUCUGGGCUUCGAUGCGACAUGCUUCGAGGAACAAUUGCCCAGGCAGGGGAGGCGGCUGCGCUCAAGGAGAUUCAGGGAUUUACAAGGAGCGAGAAGGAGAGUCUGAGGCUUUUACGUCUUGCAAGGGAUAGAAUAGCUGCCGAUGCGCACAGGAUCGAGAGCUACUCCAUCAGAGUGCGGGAGCUAGAACAGGAAGUCGCCGAUCUGCGGUGCGACAUGACACGGCUCGAUACAGGGAACACAGAAGAAUGGGAAGACGACGUUCAGGUGUUUGACUGCGACUACGACCCAUGUGCUGUUCUGGCGGGGAGCAGCGCUGUUUCUUCUGACAUUGACUAUAGAGUAGCCGCACUGCGCACAGCCAAGCAGUUGUUGAUCAACCGCGAAGAGACAGAUAAGGUGAUACGAGCACUGGAAGACAGAAAACGCCAGAUACAUGAGCAACAAGAGAACAUUUUACCUGGUUCCGAAGCCACCCAUUCAACAAAGCUUGGACCAGGGACCUCCACGCAACCAGCUGAAUCUAACAGUGCAUUUGGAAUACUGGAGUUGCCUCCGAUGCAAGAUGCAUUUUUCGGCAGCAGCAUUGGCUCAGGAAGCUCCAGUGCAAAAUUGUGGGAUGCGCUGACCACAGAUCAGACACGGGACAUAAUCCGGCGCCUUGCAGUGCUCCGGAAGAUAGCGAGCAAUGCUACCGUCUGCUUGGAGGAGCACCGGAAGGCUAGUGACUCCGUGGAAAAGUCUUCCCCUGAAGCUGACAAUUCUGAGGGCUGGCAGAAAUUGAAGCAGCUCAACAAAGAUAUCGACCAGAGAGAAGUUGCACUGCAGCAAGCUGAGGAAGCUAUGCAGGCUCGAUUAGCACUCCGUAGAGCGGAAGCUGAGCAUAAGAAGAAGAUGAGGAGGAAGGAGGAGGAAUUUGAAGAACAGCGUCGCAAAGAUGGCAUAGAGGCGCGUGAAUUGAUGAUGAGACAGCAGAAGCAAUACGAGCAGCAGCUAGCAAAGGAGAGAGAGCGCUGUGAAUCUCUCCGGAAGGAAAUGGAGGUGCAGGCGAUGGAGCUAGACCUACAGAGACAGCUAGCAGAGGAAAGGAUUAGAGAGCGGUCACAGAAACAAAGUUUGGAGCUGGAAGAGGAGCUGCAUAAGCUUCGCAUGAAGCACAGGGAACUGGAAUGUGAAUUGCAGAGUAUUAAAGCUGACGCAGCGCGUGAGGCAUUGGCCCUCAAGUCCGCUGCAACCGAAGAGAGGGCUAUUCUUUCCGCUGCUGCUCAAGCCGCCGAAAGGAAGGCAAACGAAGCCUUGAAGUUGGUAAGGGAGAAGGAAUUAGAGCUGAAGGAGAUGGAAGAGAAACUUAACCAGUCCCUUACAGGCGGCCCUGCUGCACCAUGUUUAUUGCAUAAUCCUGCCGAGAAGACACCAAAGAAAGAGCCCGUCACCGGCCUGACUGUGCACGCGCCCGCAUUUGACAAGGAGGGCGUGUCCUCAGGGACUGCGAAUGCCUCCGGAAAGGCAGCACCGGAAGUCCUUUCGCCCAGAUCGUCGUUCAAGAAGCUUGUUCUCGGAAAGUGCACAUCUCUUGCCAGUGCUUUUAACCACAUGGAUGUUGAUCACUCGGGGAUUGUGAAGAUUAGCAUAUUUGGGGACGUGGAGCAGCCGUUCAAUGACGCGGACAUACAUUCAGAGGGGCGCGUGACGCAGGAUCAGUUCCUCACUAUUGCUGGCCAAGCAGGAAUCUCGCCAGCAUGCGCGAAUACUCUUUGGGCCGAAAUGGACAGGUCGAAACGGGGCAGCCUUCAACGAGAAAACGUCUUGCUUCUGCUGGAAGACAAUGUGGAUCCGGAAGAGGUUGAAAGAGUGGAGCGGGAUGCAACUAACGUUCUGAAUAACGUACUGAAUGUCUUCUCGGGGGCGCCGAAGACUCCAAAACCUGAAGCAAAGAUUUGCAAACGCUCAUCCUUCAAAAAGCUCACUUACACAGCUACCCACCAGGAACUUGGGUUUACAGACAAUGAGGCACAGGUUGAUGCGGUUUUGGCCGAUUUUCCCCCGUGGGAUUGUAUGUACCCGGAAGACCGAAAGGCCAUGAUAGGAGACAUGAAGACACGUACUGUGGAAGGAGGGGGGCUUAUUCAAGCAGAAGCGGAUCCCAAGUGUCCACUGUACGUCAUUCUAAAGGGGACUGUUGACAUAUUAGAGCCGGGAUUUAUUCAAUACAGCCUUGUCGAGAACAUGAGCGCGCCUUGCUUGCUGUUCUCUGAUAACAUAAUUGAGGGAACGCCCAACGUAGCCUGUGCCAAGGCGGGUGAAGGCGAAGAUGUUUUCUUGUAUUCGCUUGAAAGAGGUGUCUUCGAGAGGUCAUACGAGACCUUCAGGAAGCAAACAUUUCAUGCAGGCGAGAAAAUUAUUGAGAAAGGAGACCCAGCAGACCGCGUACUGAUGGUAAAAGAUGGAGAGGCAGUCGCAGUGGGGUUCGCAGAUUCAGAUGAGGAGCUAGAGCUCCGAAUUUACAGACCUCUUGAUUUUUUUGGUGACAUUACAACAGUCAAGGGGCGGUUUCACACUGCAUCAGUCAAGGCCCAAACCGACUGCACCGUGAGUCCAGGCAUCAAGCGGGCACUGCUAGCGCCAGGCGAUAGUGCCACUGAGUUCAGUCCAGAGAUGAACUCAGUGGCACUCUCAGGCCUGUUCCGAUUUCAGGAUGUGAGCCACCCAUGCAAAGCGAGCUUCUGUUCAUUGCCGAUGCUUCAGGUCUUGUCGAUUGAGAGCGGCAUAUUUUACAGUGUACUACGCAAGCUGGAAAUGGAGUUCCGGAGGCGAAGUGGUCGUAGUUCCACAGUGGACAACAGUAUCGUGAGCCUGCACAGUCAAGCAAAAGAAGGGGAAGAAAGUGGAGACGGAGGUACUUGGAACUGUUCAGGGACCACGGAAGAAGUUGAAGAAGGCAAUAAGGCUGCUGUCCCUAAGGAAACUGAGAGCAACCAGGAGACAUCCACGACACUGGCUAUUCCUGAACAAGAAAAGACACUUGUUGACCAAGAACUCAUCGAGAGACUGCUACAGGAAGACACGGAAAGGAUGAGGGAAGAAUGCAGCUUGCUUUUAGAAGCACUUCCUGUGUUGAAGGAUCUGCCGAAAGAGCGCCGGCAAGAACUGUGCAAGCGUAUGGUCCUAGAAAUAUAUUUCCCAAACCAAGCAAUUGUAUUACAGGGCGAAGCCCCCGAUAAGUUUUAUGCUAUCGAAUCAGGAACAGUCUCUAUCGAGAUCUACCUAGGAUGCGGCAAGAUGCAGAAGAUUGGGGAGAUGACAUCGGGGUCGUUUUUUGGGGAAAUGUCCAUAAUUAAGCACGAACCAAGAGUAGCAUCCAUCAUUGCCCUCACGCCUGUCUACGUUUAUGCCCUGCAAGCUGGAGACUUUGAAGAGUUGUUAGGUGACCUGCAUGACGCUUUUCUGGAGCAUGCCAAAUUAAUGUAUAGUCAGAAAACUGUCAAGUCUAUGACGGGGGAGGACAAGCAUAGUCAGCUGAGUGAUGAAGAACUUCCCCAAGUGGUGCAUCUUCUUUCCGGUGUCCAUGUCAUCAAGCUGCUAAGUCUCGAGCAACUGCGUGAGCUAGCAUCUGCUUUCCAGGUCGUGGAGAUACGAGAGCGUGAAGUGAUUAUGCAUGAGGGCGACCCAGCAGACAAGUUUUGCAUUGUACUUGAGGGGAUGGUUUCCAUCCAAAAGUCUCCCGGACCCGGUAAACCUCGGAAAGAAGUUGCGGUAGUGAAGGCAGGCGAGUAUCUAGGGGAAAUCGGAUUUCUGAACAACCAGCCUCGGACAGCAAGCUGUGUAGCCAAAACGAAGGUCAAGCUGCUGUGUCUGGGCCGCGCUGAAUUUGACAAGUACUUGGGCCACCUGGCAGAUGCUUUUCUCCAGCAAGCGGAGAGCGCGUACUCUGCUUCCGAGGCUGAAAUGCCGGCAUGGCUCAGGGAUUCGAAAACACAAGGGUCAUCUCACCACCUUCAUGCACUUCCAGAUCCUAGUGGCGAAACAGAAGAGAUAGAGGAGCAAGCCAGUUCAGAAAUCCCCAGAACGGCGUCUGAAGAUGCUGAGACCAAACCACACAAGGAAACGGGGGAGAAAAAAUCGGUGGAGGGCGUCAGCGAAGGUGCACGUGCUGCUGCUGGUGCUUCAGUACACGAAGAGAACGAAAAGAAGAAGAAGAAAAAGAGAUCGGGGAGCAAGGACACUCAUAAGGAGAAGCAUGGAACAGCAAACAGCAAAAGCUCCCGGACAGUUGCGCCCAUUUCUCCAGGGGACCUGAAUCGCUUGAGGGAACUCGUUGUGGGCACAUUCAAGAACAAAUACGGAUCGCUUGCCCACGCAUUUGCAGAAAUGGACGUCAACAAAAGCGACAUUGUAGAUGCGGAUGAGUUCUAUGCUUUCACAAAGAAGAGCAGUAUUCGGGGGUUCCAGAAACAGGAACUUGACGCCCUCUUUGACGAGCUGUGCCGCCCAAUAAAGGGCCGACUGGUCGUGGGCAACCUGUAUCGUAACGCUAGAGGCGUGGAGCCCACUGGGGCAGAAAUCCACUUACGAGCCGUCGAGAUUUAUGGCUCUGCGUUGUCUGCCUUCGUGAAAGUUGUUGGCCUCGAAGCCACGGAUCUGUGUACCAAAGAAAAUUUCACGAGCUUGUGUGCUGAAGUUGGAGUUGACAACGACAAGGCCGAGAAGAUCUGGGAUGAAUACGUCAAAGGGGUCCGGUCUGCGGAUGGUCGCAUUACCUUAUCUACGCUCAUCGGCCUCAUGUCAGGUGAGCUAUCAACGGACGAAGCGGCAGCGAAGGAAGCAUCUGCCCGUUCUUGGGGCAACCGCAUAUGGGCUUUCUUUGGGGGGGAAGCUGGGGCUGAAAGAACUAAGGCUGGGGGGGAUGGAAAGAUGGACGUCGUAGAGCAAACUCUUCCCUAUGAAGACCCUGCAGUUGUCCAGCGUGAUGACCACCGAGCAUUCUCGAGUGAAACGUCUCUCCUUCUUGAGUCCAUAAAGCAGGAGCCUACAUUGCAAUUUCUCAACCCACAGCAACAAAGAUAUGUCGCAUCUCUCAUGCGACGAGACGUUUUCCCCGCAUCAACUUGUAUAGUAGAGGAAGGAGCAGAACCUGCUCUCAUGUGGUGCAGCUCAGGAGAAUUUGAAGUUUCCCAAGCUGCAAGUCCCUACACUAGGAUAUCACAUCCAUUGGGCUUCUUUGGUGUUUCAGUUUUGCGGUCGCUGACAGCCGGAGAAUUUUUUGGCCUGGAGGAGCUAGUUUCUGGGGAAAAGCUUAAGUGCGCAUUGACCUCUCGACCGAGCACCAGCGAAUGUGCGCUAUGGGUACUAGACAGAGAAGUGUUUAAUGAUUCAGUGAAGGAUAUGCUAGCAAAGCGCAAGGCGUUCGUUCCUGUCGCCCAGUCUUUCCUCCACACGGUUCGCCUCGUUAGGGACUUGCCGGAGGAAAACAUAGCAGCGGCAGCAAAGGCAUGUAAGGUGGAGAGGUUCGCAGAGGGCCAGACUGUCUUCAAGAUGGGCUUUCAUGGCGAUAUGUUAUGCUUUAUCUAUAAAGGUGAAGCAAUCACACAGAAGCCUCAAGACGAUGGAGGAUUCCUUGAGCUGGCGAGACAGGGGGAAGGAGAGUACUUUGGUGAAAUGGCACUGAUAAGGAACACAAGACGCACGGCUUCGGUUGUCGCGGGAACGGAACUAGUUUUGUUCUGUCUAGACAAGGAGUCAUUCGAAACUCUUCUUUUUCCACUUCAGGAAAAAAUGGCAGCAAAGGCGGCCUCUACUUACAAACGGCAGGACGAGGGACCGCCGAGCGAGAAUGAGACGAAGUCUGCAGAAGGGGCCCCUUUGACUCCUGCGCUUGUUACCCGCGAUGCUGCCGAGGCCUGUGCGAAAAAGCGCACGCGCAAAAAUUCGCUUGCACUACUUAAUUAUUCGAAGAUCAGGGAUCAAGAAAGGCAGGCAGAGAAUGGGGAGAGCGACGCACCUGAAGACAAGUCCACCGCCCGCUGGCGAUUAGCCCGGGAGCCUGAGUCAAUCCACGAACCUCCUCCCCUGGACACACAGGGAGGUCGAAGUUGCCUUAAAGAGAAGAAUCCUCAAAGUGGAGCUCGGAAACGCAGAUCUCCUGUUAGGUUUGAUGAGGGUUCUCUCUUACCUUCCGAGUCCUCGUCUGAUGAAGCAUGA